AGCAGCCACAGGCGCAGGCGGGACUUAACAUGGAAUUGGUGCUGCGCGGAGCAGCGACGAGCAGGGAGAGGCUGCGUGGGGAUGUUAGGCGGGACGGCCGCCGGGUCGAUUGACUGGGCGCCCGAUUGACGCCGCCUUUUUUUCGGAAGAUCGUGAUUUCCCAUCCGGAGCUAUUCUUUGCCCGCUCCGUCAGCUCCGCUUCCCUCUUUGCUGGAGGUGAACCCGUUCUCAGGAGCUUCGCGUCCCAACGGGUUAACUUAACCCGCCCUCCUCCUCCUCCUCCUCUCCUGGGUCUUUCUGGGCUGCGAUUCAGCUUCAGUUCGUGAUUUUCUUCCCCUUCGCUUUCUCCUCCCUAUCCCGAAGCUCCUCCUCUUCUGCCCCAUAUACUAACUCCCGUUGUUUCUCCCCCCUCCCUCUUCCCUUCUUCCAGCCAGCAAGGUUGCUGUCCUUCCCAGCGUGCCUUAUGAAGUCAUACCUGCCUUAGCUCCCUCCCUGCGCGCCCACAGGUCCGGUGCCUGUGCCAUCUGCUGAAGCGGCUCCCCUUGGUUUUUGCAAGCCGUUUCUCACUUUAAAAAACAACAACAACCACCUCCGCUGUGCUGAAAAGAGAAAAUUGCCCUGAACUACUUCCAGAUCUCUUUCACUGCUUUGGGUUUGUUUUGUAUUUUUUCUUCCCCCAUCCUGGAUUUCGGAUUUACUUCCUUGAGAUGCCCUCUGACAGAAGAACUGGUAUGUCUCUGCUCCAUCGCUUGAUUUGUUACCUGCAGGAUGCCGAGAAAGUUGCCCGUUUCCAAAAACUAUGCGGCGUGGAAGCACUUCCAGACUGGAGGUCUGUCUCCUUUGCUCAGACGGUGGACGCAGAGCACCCCUUGGCCAACGGGAAUUGCGCCGCUGCCAAGACCCAGGGUGAUAGUGACAGGCGAUGCGUGUCCCCGGGCUCUUCCAACGCGGAGGAGAAACAUGACGAGAGCCACUCAAAUGGUUUGAAGAAUGGGAUGGUUUCUGAAGACACCUGUGGAGUGGAAUCGCAGCCAGCAUCCCUGGAGAAGCGGAAGAAAUGGGCCUCAAAAAGCCAUCCUCGCCGCAACUCUCUAACUGGAGAAUCCAUAUUGCAGAAGUUCAGAAUCCAUAAUUUUUUCCUUUAUUACCUCUUCAGCUUUGGCACAGAACUGGGCAAUGAACUUUUCUACAUCAUAUUUUUCCCCUUCUGCGUCUGGAAUGUGGAUCCUUGGCUGGGCAGGAGACUCAUCAUCAUUUGGGUUUGGAUCAUGUAUUUCGGCCAGUGCACCAAAGAUGUUAUUCGUUGGCCGAGGCCUGCUUCUCCCCCAGUAGUGAAGCUGGAGGUGUUCUACAAUUCUGAAUAUAGCAUGCCCUCAACUCAUGCCAUGGCAGGCACGGCCAUUCCUGUCUCCUUAUUUCUACUCAGUUACGGACGGUGGCAGUAUCCUUUCAUGUACGGGCUGAUUCUCACCAUUUGCUGGUCUUCUCUGGUUUGUUUCAGUCGAGUCUAUAUGGGAAUGCAUACAAUUCUGGAUGUUAUUGCUGGUUUUCUUUAUGCUCUUCUCAUCUUGGCCGUCUUCCUUCCAACUGUGGAUCUAGUAGAUAAUUUCAACUUAACUUUCAAAUACGCUCCACUAAUCAUUAUCAGUCUUCACCUUGCCUUGGGGGUGUUUUCUUUCACUCUAGACACGUGGAGCACAUCCCGAGGAGAUACAGCUCAGAUUUUGGGCGGCGGUGCUGGAGUUGCCUGUGGCUCCUAUGCUACCUAUGGGCUGAAUCUAAUGCCAGAUCCUUCACAAGAAAUGCUUCCAUUAGUUCCCUCACUCACCUUAAAUCUCUUUGGAAAGGCUGCACUGCGAUUAUUGAUUGGAUUAGUUUUUCUGUUGCUGGUCAGAAUGAUCAUGAAGAAGAUCACCAUCCCACUGGCCUGUAAAGUCUCCGGUAUUUCUAGUGCAGAUGUUCGAGAAGCCCGACAGCACAUGGAAGUUGAACUGCCUUAUCGCUAUGUUACUUACGGAACGAUGGGAUUCUCAACGACUUUCUUGGUUCCUUGCUUAUUUUGCCUAAUUGGACUGUCCUCAUGUUAGUGUUUUCUUCACAUGGAAACCGUGAUGGACAGUUGAUCUAUGCGAGAGCUGGUAAACCUUUGAGAAGUGCUAUGAUAUUGCUUCUGCAAAAAUUACAUGUGGCAGGCAGUGAGCUCAAAUCUUUGAUACUGGCUAAAACCUUAUAGAUUCAGGUCCUUGAGAAAUGCCAUGUCUAGUCUUACCAUUGUAACACAUUAUAAAUAGCAAAUGUGUUUGUGUGUAUGCAUAAAUACGCAUCAGACUAUAAAUGUUCUCUCUAUUUAAAUAUGUUAAAGCAGUUAUGUUUACAACUGAUCCAGAAGCUCUGUCUAUGGUCAAUUAAAGCCAUGUCAUAUCCUUUAGCCACAAAUGGCUAUAUUGUAAUGAAAAAGCUUUCUUUCCUUCUCAUUACGGACCUAUUUUUUAAACACACAAAAGACGCUAUGCUAAUAACCUAAAGUUUAAUGAAACUUGGCUUACAGCACCUGAUAGCUUUAGAGCCUUUUUCUGUACUCCGUAUUUUUAAUUUGUGAACACAAACCACUUAUUCCAUGUACUGUAUUCUAUGCUUGAUAAUUGUGCCUUUCUGUUGGAAUGCACCACAUACUGUGAGGUACACAUACACAACUACUAUAAAGUAGUAUAAACAUAUUCUAAAUUAGGUGAAUAUUUUAAAAUGUAGGCUGCAGUGUGAUUAAUAAAAAUAAUUUUUAUUAUGUAAAAUAAAACUUUAAUGGGGCUUACCCACUUUAAUUCACAUUCUAAUACUCUUAAAGGAUAUUUUAAAGUGUAAUAUACUUAUGUUAUUGGAAAUAAUACAUUUUCCUGAUUCUCCUAUUUUUUUUAAUUAGGCAUUAACUAUAUCUGAAAUUAAUGCAGUGUUAAAUUAUAUUUUUAACAUAUUUUUUCUUGAUUUCAAAUGAAGUCAUCUGUAACAAUGGUGGCUUUAAUAAGAAACAUAUAAACUUGUACAUUGUGCAUUGUAUUUCCCAUGCUAUUAGAUCAGUUAUGAUCAAAUUGUGGGAAAAGGUUCUGUUGUCCUUUUUUUGUUUGGAAACUCCUCCACAAAAUAAUCAAAUGUAUUAUGGUACUAAUUACAUCUAAGGUCAUGUAGCCUAUUAUUUCUGAUCAGUGACAUGCUGUCUAAACAAAUACUAGUGAGGGAAAAGCUUUAUUUUUCUUGUGACAUAAUGAUACAUGACAUGGUCUUUGUUGUCCUAGAGAUCUUUGGAGAUCAGCAGGAUACAUAGAAGAAAGGUAAACAGAAGGAGAAAGAGUAGAAAAAGAGUGUGUUCUCUCAUAUGUCUGACUUUGUAUUAUACCAGCAGAAUUAAAACACUCUUUGUAUAAUGCAUAAUGAAUGGAUUAGGGGGAUUGAUGUGCUCCAAUUUAUGUGUUGUUUACAUACUUCUCAUGCACUUGUAAACUGCAUUUAUGGAUGCUUCUACUAGGGUACAUAGCAGUCCAGAUUCAGAGGGCAAAUGAUGUUUUAUUAAUAUGGGACAAGCAUGGAGCACAUGAUGGAAAGCCAUUAAAUGAAUUGCACCUUUUCCUGGGAUUACAUGGCAUCUGCAAAAGGUAUUUUGCGUGAUCCCAAUGAGACACACUGUCUUGAACUGUUCUGAACAGGCCUCCAAAUCCCAUUUUGCUUUUUGAAUAUGUCAUGCUGCACAGACCUUAUCUCUAUUCCCAGCUGUCCCAAAAGUGCCUACUGAGUACAUUGUAUGCAUGGAGAAUAUACAUAGGCAAAUGAUCCUGUAUGAUAAAGGCAAAAAAUUGCUGUUGCUAUCAUAUUAUUAUCUGUAAGAAUAUGUUCUUACAGACUAUAUGUUCACGGUACAUCCUAUUGUGUAAAUUAAGGCGAUUAAGCCUUUGAAAAAGGUAGUAUUGAUUAUUAUAGAAGUCUGUUUUGUGUUUUCCUGGGGCCUCUUUGCAAUAUGCAACGACAUGACUGCAGGACACUGCAAUUGUCAUAAAUAUGAGUCAGUUGCCAAGUGUCUGAAUUUUGAUCACGUAACUGUGGGGAUGCUGCAAUGGUCAUAAGUGUGAGAAACAGUCAUAAGUUACUUUUUUCACCCCUGUUAUUUCUAAUGGUCACCUGUAUAUGGUACGUAGCCUAUUGUAGGCAAUGUUUCUUUUUUCAUAGAAGUGUUACUAGUCAGUUCUCCUUAAGCCUCAUCUAAAAGGGUGGAAAUUAAUCAGGAAUUUGUAUUUUGAUAAUAACAGUACAUCAAAUAAUGCAAAUCUCCAGAAUUCUUAAACAGGUUGAACACUUAGGAAUUAAUAUCUCUAUAUUGGGUUGCAGAAGGAGUAUGUGUAUUGCGAUUAUCCAAGAGUCUAUAAUUUAUAAUAAAAAAGAGCCCAGGAACAAGAGACAUUAUGAAGGUAUAUAAUUACUGUAUUUUUCAGAGUAUGACACAAUUUUCCCUCCUAAAAGAGGCUGAAAAUUUGGGUGCAUGUUAUACUCCGAAUGCAGCCCUGCCCACUCACCGGCCCCUACCCCUUGGCCUCUGCGUGUCUUCUUCCUGGCUGCAGAGAUUGCUACUGACAAUGGCUUGUGUUUUGGGAUUUGUGCCUUGUGUUUUCAGCCUCCAAAUACUUGAUGCGCGGUGCCCAAAAUGGAUACCCGGAACAGCUGCUGCCUUCUCUUACCCCCUUCCCUGCUUUGCCUGCUUUAGUCACGGGAGCUCCCUCCGAGGAUCAGCUGUAUUUUGAAGCUGCUUUUCAGCCCAAACACGAUCUAAGCUGUUAUGUCCUCGACUUGCGUCCAGUCUUACGAUUGACAGCCCGGCAACCAAGGGCUCUCACCUAUUGGCUAAGAUGCGCCGGGCUGGAAGCGGGUUUUUUGCUGUUGUGCUAUUGGCUGCUCUGCUUAACAGUUCUUGUAUAAAUAGCUGUCAAGCAGUGCAGGGUGCUGAACUUGUACAUAGUUGAUCUUGCUAGCGUUCAGUUCAAUAAACAGCUGUUCUAGUUCACCUCAGCAGUCUGUCGCCUCAUCUGUCAACCCAGUCUUUAAUACUGGUGACAAAGGUGGGAUACUGAGGGACGACCCACUCGAACAUCUACGGAAGAAGAAGGAAUUUUUUUUUUCCUCUUCUCACACUUUCUCCUCAGCACUGGUACUUGGCUAUGGCUUCGCUCCCUCACUUUGCACUGUUCAGUUCUACUACAGAAUCGUGGGCUGGUUCCUUCCCUCGUGCUUUGCCUGAUUUUCUAAUUGCUGCUCCCUCCGACAUCAGCUGUGCUUUAGAAGCACAGCCCCCACCAUCCCCAACCUCAAAACCAGCGAGCAAACGAAUGUGCUGAAGCUGAACAUGGCUAAGGACUAGCCAGAUGAAUAUCUGGUAGGCAUAAUUCCCCCUCCCCUAUUUUCCUCCCCAAAAACUAAGGUGCGUCUUAUACGCCGAAAAAUACGGUAAAUUACUCUUGUACCAUACAUACUGGUUCUCAGAUUAAGAAGAAUAUUGUCUCCAGUAUACAUAUCUAGUUAUAGUCGCUUGGCUUUGUUUUCCUGCUAUAGUUUCAAAUAAGGCAUAAAUAUUUGUGUUAUUUUUGAAAUGUUGCUAAAUUCAUUUUUGGGGGGGCACGGGCGGGAAGGAAUGUUCCAUUUUUCUCUGGCCUUAUUCAUCUGUAGAAGAGACCACAACACUGGAUCCUUUGCCUUUUAUAGUAUUUAUGUUUAUUAAUCACAAAAAUAGAAGUGAUCUUCCUGUAUGAAAUUUGGGAAUUUGGCAUGUGGCAUUUGCAUUCCAAUAAUGUGUUGAUGCAAAUGUAAUCCAGAAUAUUCGAUUUGGACACGGAGAAUUUAAAUUAGUCUUUCAUGAUCCUGGGAAGAUGGAUUCCCCCCCCCCUCCUUCAUCAUUAUUCCUACCAUCAUGUAAGGUUCAGGGGCCUCGGGCAAGGAGGCAAAGGAAAGCAGGUGGGUGGAUAUUAUGUCCACCAUUUUACAGGUUUGAUGAGAUUCCUGUGGCUACUUUUAAAACUGAUGUGAGAGCUAAAGGCAGUUUGUUAUGAGCAGGACUUACUAAUUAAAUACUCCCCCCCCCAAAAAAAAUCUAGUUACGUGAACAUAAACAGGCGUCUGAAUUAUAAUUAGUGAAUAAUUAUUUUUCGCUAUCAAAAUUUAAAAAGUAGUGUCCUGACUGAGUACUGGUACAUUUUCUUCUGCAAUUCUAUACUGACACUAGGAAUUACUCGAUUAGGUACCUACUAACACCCCAAACCUCUGUAGUAUAGUUUUUUGUUUAAUGUCUACCAUAAGAAAAAAAAGGUUAAGGAAUUGGGUAAACAAGGUUUUUUUUUACAUUCUUAAAAAUGCAGUUAAUCUUAAUGAAAGCACAAUUACUUUGUUGUUACAUUCUCAUUUAUUGCCAUGCUUAAAAAAAACAAACAAAAAAUAUUAAUACAAAUAGCAAGAUCUGAAUGACUGUUGCAAGUAACUUGCGAUUUUGGGUGGGAUUUAUUAUUCAGGUUGUUUAGCACUAUUAUAAUUAGCAUUAAAAUUGCUGAAAGAGUUCAUUUUAUUGGGUAUAUAUUUUAAUGAACAAAUCAUUGUCUCCAAAGUUUUAAAACAUGUACUGUAGUAUAUUCUACUAUUCUGUAUAUUAUUUUUUUACGCUAUCUUUAGAUGAAAUUAAAUCCCACAUUGACAUUUUA